GUGACGUAUUUCCGGUGUCAUGUCAGCGCUCUGCAGAAACCUCAUGGCUAGCGACUGCUGCUGCGUUUAAAUGAAUGUUUUCUUUCCUGUUUCAGUUUUAAUGAGGUUGUUUUACUGAAUCGAGACGUUCAGAGAUGGCAGAAGUUGUACCAGAGAAAAGUCACGGCUUGAAGUUUGCAGAGCAGCAACUCCUGCGUCACGGCUGGGAAUAUGGUAAAGGAUUGGGACGAGGUGAGAACGGCAUAUCAGAAGCUAUCAAGGUCAAAGUGAAAUGUGGCAAAGGAGGGGUUGGUCACAAAGAAGGGGAGCAGUUCACCUUCCACUGGUGGGAUCAUGUCUUCAAUAAGGCUUCUUCCAGUCUGCAGGUGGACUCUGAUCAGAACGGUAUUCAGUUGAAGAAGACGGCGGAGGAGGAUGAAGACGAUGGGAUGAUCUCCAAUAAAAAGCCACGGAAAGCCAGCCUGGCUAAAGCCAAACUUUAUGGAUGCUUUGUCAAGUCAGCCACACUGCUGUCCGGUCAGGAGCAGCCGGAACCAAAGGCUUCCAGCUCAGACGACAGCAGCAGCUCGGACGAGGAGGAGGACGACGACAGGAAAUUGGAUCUCUCCAGCACCACAAAGCUGUCUGAUGCUGAUCUGAUUAAGGCUUGUGGGGGACGCACGGCUCACAAAGGAGCAAGGCACGGCUUGACCAUGAGUGCCAAGUUAGCCAGGCUAGAGCAGCAGGAGGCUGAGUUCAUGGCUAAGUACGGCAAGAAGAACCAACCGGCAAGUGCUCCACCUGUUUGUGUUACACCGACUCCACCGACCUCACAGUCAGCUGACCAGAGAGCUGAGAGGCAGGAAGAGACGGCCGAGGACUCGCAGAGAAAAAAGACGAAAAAGAAGAGAUCCAAUGGGAGCGUUGGUGAGCUAAAUGGUGAUGAAGUGUCUGUUAGUCCUGAAACGGAUCUUAAACCCAAAAAGAAGAAGAAGAAAAAGAAAGCCAGGGAGGACACUGAGGAAAUAACUGAUACAGUUUCCACUGAUGGGGAUGUAAUCUAUGUAGGAAACAUUGAAGCAGACCAUUCUCACAAAACAAAGAGGAAACAUAAAAAGAAAAAACACAGUGCAGAGCAGAAUGAAGAAGAAAGAGCGGCUUCACCUGCAGCAGAGCGUACUAGCCAGGAGGAGACUGUUGAGCUGCACACAAAAGUGAAAAGGAAGAAGAGGAAGUGUGAACCUGCUGAGGAAGAGGAGAUUAACAAGGCAGAAUCCAGCCAAUCAGAGCCGGUCCAGGACUGCACUCCAAAAACCAAAAAGAAAAAAGGUGCAGUUAUAUUGGAGGAAGCAGAAGUUACAGAGGAAGAAACGACAGUAAAGCAGAAAAGGAAAAAGUGUAAAAAAGACAAAUCAUAUGUAGAAGACAUUUCAAGCGAGGAGACACUUCCUCCAAAGAAGAAGAAGAAAAAGAAGUCCAGAGAGUAGUAUUUGUUAAAAAAAAAAAAAAAAAGAGAGAUUUCUAAACUGAAAACUGAUGUUGGCUGGUUGGGAAAGUAAGCAUUCUCUUGAAUCGGCUCUCAUGGACUUUAUGGAGGCUGUGCUCUUUGAUUUGACAGACCUGUAAAUUAAUUGACAGGAGAAUAUCUUUAAUUAGUAUUUCAGAAUAGUAAUACGAUUAUGAACUCCAGAUAUUGUGCCUAUUCUGCCUUUUAACCAACCUCACUUGUCAACAGAUUUCUUAAUCAAUUAUAUCUGAGCUGUUAAAUUUAAAAAAAAACCUGCUGCAGAAGUGACUGAGGAAAUAGGGGAAGUUAAGUUAUUUUUUGCAGUGUUGCUGGUGAUGCAGACUUUUAAAGAUUAAUGAUAACAUACAACAUGCAAUGUGUUCAUCUGAACCAGUCAGAUUUCUUUAGAUUGAUGCUACGAGUCAUUGAGUUCACGAGUCAGUGAUUAUAGCUGGAGCUAAUUGAUAGCAAGAUGUCUGUGUUGACCACUAAAUGUAAAAUAUGCAUUUUAGUAGAAAAUUAAUAUGAAAUGUAAGGAAUUGAUUGUAGUGAAUCUUGAAUAACUCUUUUCAAAUGUGUUUGACGACAAAUGAAACUACUGGUAUUACAUGAAAUUCUUCACUUUAUAUGCAAAUUAAAUAUUGCAAAUUAAAUA